CAGUACAAUUUCAGAAAUCAGACGGGCAGCAAGUGUCGUGGUUCAAUUGUGCAGUGUUGAAAAAUCAAACUAAAUUCAAAAUCGGCUUUAAAGAAAACAAAUUCAUAAAGGGCAAUACCCAAAGAAAAUAACCCUCAGUGUUUCAAAAGUGUUCAAAUUUUACAAUUGUGGCAUCACACCAACAAAUUCAGCAAUCAUCGUGAAUUUUUCAAAAGAAAAUACAAAAAUCAACAGUGCAAACGACACUGAGUUGCAGCUGAAAGUGGAAGAAGCAACUGCAGCAGCCGUAUAAAAUUCGAACAGAAUAGACAACGCCAUUUGGGAGAAGCAACAAUAACACUUGGAGCAACAUCCAUAAUCGAAAGCUAAGCCACAUCAUCGAAAUCUUCUGGCAAGCAGUGGAAGCAGCAUUAACCAGCAGCAACAUCACUUAGCUCCGUCCAUGGGCGCCGUGGCAAACAGAGUCCGGUGAAAAUGGACAAAGGCCGCGCGAGGCUGCCGCCGAAUUAGCAGAGAAGCCGGAAAAUCCGUACAUACGGACGGGCAGUGUAAAUAUUUGCCAGGCCCCCUCAAAAAAAAAAAAAAAAGGAAAUAUUAAAAGAAAAAGGAAGAGCACACACACAUAACAAAGGCGAAGCAGAAGGGGAAGCAUUUGUGCGACAAUAGCCAAGGAACUAGCCACAAAAGAAGAAGCAACCGGGUCCAUUAAGACAGCCAAACCAUCCGAUCCCAUCCCGGCUAGACGAGGUCCACUUAAAUGACCGAAUCCACACAGCUGCAGACGGCGGAGAACAACAACGCGGGCGUGGUCAAAAUGGAGCCCCCGCCGCCGGCGACCUCCUCCGUUUCCGUAUCCGCCGCAGCAGCCGCCCACGCCCUGUCCUCCCUAUCCUCACUCACGAUGGCCGCCACCGGAUCCGCCCUCUCGCCGGCCACGCCCCCGCCCUCCCUGAACCUCUCACAUCAGCAGCAGCAGCACCAGCAGCACUACGCCCUCAAGUGGAACGACUUCCAGAGCUCGAUCCUCAGCUCCUUCCGUCACCUGCGGGACGAGGAGGACUUCGUCGACGUGACACUGGCCUGCGACGAGCGCUCCUUCACCGCCCACAAGGUCGUCCUGAGCGCCUGCAGCCCCUACUUCCGCCGGCUGCUCAAGGCCAAUCCCUGCGAGCAUCCGAUAGUCAUCCUGCGCGACGUGCGCUGCGAUGAUGUCGAGAAUCUGCUGAGCUUUAUGUACAAUGGUGAGGUGAAUGUGAGCCACGAACAGUUGCCCGACUUUCUGAAGACAGCUCACCUGCUGCAGAUUCGCGGUCUGGCGGAUGUCAAUGGUGGCUAUCCCUACUCCAAGGCUUUGUCCGCCGCCUUGAGUCACAACAGCAGCAACAACAACAACAACAACAACAGCAGCAGCAACAGCCUAAGCAACAACAAUAACAAUAACAACAAUAAUGCUGAGAGCAGUAAUCACAACAAGAUAAGCAGCUAUUUAUCGCCCAAUCAAACGAGCGCCGCGUGCAACAACAGCAGCAACAGCAAUAGCAACAACCACAGCAGCAGCCACAACAACAGCAGCAGCAACAACAUCAGCGGAUCCCUGAACAGCAGCCUGAACUCACCGUUCAGUGCGCCACAGAUACCGCCACCAGUGACCGCCUCGAGUGCAGCGGCUGCAGCAGCAGCGGCCGCAUCCCUGACCGCCGCAGUUGCCGCAGCAGCGGCAGCAACAGCAGCCAGUGCCGGCAGCAGCAGCAGCGCCAGCGGACAGACGAGCGGUACGCCCGCCAUCCAGGAGCUGAAGGCAUCGUCGGCAGCGUCGCCCGUAAGAAACCCGAACCCCAAUCCCAGCAAAGCCAGCAGCAGCAACCACUGGGACAUGGGCGAGAUGGAGGGCAGCCGGAAGAGCCAUCUGACACCGCCGCCACAGAAACGCAUCAAGAGCGCGGACUUGUUCCGUGCCCAGCAUGGCAUCAGUCCCGAGCGAUUGCUGUUGGAUCGGGAGUUCCCCGUCGCCGGACAGCAUCCGCUCACCCGGAACAGAAGCGGUCGUGACACAUCCAAGGAUCGGGAGCGCAACAUGGAGUUGAGGGAAUCGCUACUAGGACAGGCUUUGGAGAACAGCAACGGACAGCAGGCCAACCCGAAACACGAACUCGGACAGAGCGCGGGUGAGGAUUCGAACAGCAGUGAUACGGAGCCCUCGGAUCGAGGCGAUGGUCAGCACGAUGGAACCCUCGACGGAAUUGACAACCAGCGCUCGCACUCGUUCCCCAAUGCAUUCCUCGGCCUCCAGGGCAUUCCAGGACUUCUGCCAGGACCCUCUGGCAUCAACAGCGAUUUCGGCACAUUCCUGAAUGCCAAGAGCGGCAUCAAGCAGGAGGUGUUGGAGCCGGAAACGGAAGAGGACGCAGUGCAGCAGCAGCGACCGCACGAGGCCCAUGCCGCCGACCGUCGUCCUGCGGCCUGUAAGCUGGCCAAGCUGAUGCAGCAGCAGGAGCAGCAGCAGCGUCAACUGUUUGACCAGCGGCGCAGCCACCACCAGCCUCACCAUCACCACCAGCCGCAUCAUCAUCGCCACCACCAUCAUCACCAGCAGCGCAUCAACAACAAUAACAACAAUACGAAAAAGAACCGAUCGGCCAAUUCCUCGCCCACGCCGUCGGCUCGAUCCUGGAAUGACAGCGAAGAGGAUCAGGACAUGGACUGCAGCAGCGGCAACCAGCAGCAGCAUGCGCAGCAGCAGCAACAGCAGCACAAUAGCAACGAGGACGAGGAUGAUCGCUCCUCGUCGGCCUCCUCGGCCAUUUCCUUGACCAUGAAGAGAACGCGCCAGGAUAGCGAGUCCACGCUCUACCAAACGCUGCUCAUGAAGCAGGAGCAACACCAGCAGCAGCACCAGCAGCAACACCAACAGCAGCAUCAGCAGCAGCAACAGCAGCAGCAGCAGUAUCUGGACGAGCUGCAGCAGUCGCACCAGCAGCAACUGACGGCAAAUCUGUUUAUGGCCAGGACAAUAGCUCUGAGCAGGUCACGAGAUUUUCCGGAACUCUUUCAAAACACCAUUGCCGCGGCGGCUGCGAAUGCGACAGCUGCAUCGGCCAGUCCCGGUAACAAUGCCAGUGGACCCGGUCAGGUGGUGGCAACCGGACCCGGACCGGGACCAGGAAGUGCUGAACCCGUGGCCAUGGGAAGUGGCAGCGGAGCGGCAGCCGGAAACAGCAACUACAUGCUGCCAUGUCCGCUGUGUGAGACACCACUGGAGCAGCGGGUAUUCCGGCAGCACCUGGACCGACACUAUCCGCGCGACAGUCCCGUCUGUCCGGUGAUCGAGUGUGGACGCCGGUUCGCGCAUCCCAAUUCGGUGCGGAAUCACAUGCGCAUCAAGCACACGCUUCAGUGGGCCAAGAUGAAGGCCAUGCGGUCAUCGGGCGGCCCCUUCGCCGGCGGUCCGGACUUCAAAUGAAACUGCGAGGCCGUGGGCUAAUGUUACUCCGCGUAGUCACGCUAAAAGCUUUCUAGGUUGCUGCUUCUCAGUCAGUCACAAUGGCGACAAUAAAUCGAAUCUAACUCGCAAUUCACGAGAAAUCACCCAGUCUCGAGACACUCGCAUCUAUCGUAGAUAGCCAAAAGUAGUCCAAGACCCACUCGGAGUCCCACUAUAACUAAAAGUAACUGUAAGCGCACGAGAGAUCCUUGCCCAAGGGCCAACUACUGCUGCACAUCCUGCCCACCAGUCACUGAAGCUCCUCCAAGUGGUCAAUUUGUUCUUUCUUAGUCCAUAAAAGGUUUCAUUUGGGUUACCAAAAAAGAUGAUCUGGGUGUCCUUUACGGAUUUGUUACCAAAGGAUUCAGUACGAUUCGGUUCAUUGUUUAUUAUUUAUGUAGUAUACGAGUAUAUACGAGUAUUAACAAUUAAAAAUUCAUACUUUCAACAAACGGUAAGAUAUAUACCCAAUGAUUGCAGAGGAGCUACAUGAUUGGCGGCGAUGGAUGAACGCUUUGGGUUAGGAAACUUACAACAAUUAUUACGUUCCUAUAUGCGAUAAAGUACAUAUACUACAAGUGCAGCUCUAAUGCGUUUACCUAAGGCAAAAGUAAAUCUCAAACUCUGAAUUCCUUUACACUAGCUAAUGGAGAUCAAAUCUGUGGGUUUGGGUUCCAGAAACGCUCCAGUUAAGCAAGCAUUGUGCAGUAUUAAAGUAAAAGCUAACGAAACCGAAGAACUACACACCACAAGAAUAAUAACAUUAAUUCAUAGAGUUACAUAAGCAAAAUACGUAUGAUUAAGCCAUAGAGGGUGAGAUAACUAUGUAGAUAAAGAGCUAAAAACGAGCAAACAAAGAAACAUGAUAUAUAGAAAUAUAUAAAGUAGUUAUUAUGAAUAUUGAUACUGAAACAAAAUAGAAUGUGCCUGCGUAAUAUAUUUUUAGCCAAAAAAAAGUAAAACCAAAAAAUGAAAACUGAAAAACAAGUAAACCAAAGUUGAGCAUUAAAAGAGAGAUACGAACGAAAGUGAAAAAAAAAACAAUGAAAAACUGAAAAACUGAAAACGAUUUGUAUUAGAGAAAGUUCAAAAUUCAAGGAGAUAUUUUUUUGUUGAUUACCCCUAGGUUCACUAAGCUGUAAUUCGAAUCAAUUGGCGGCAUAACACUCCAAGAGCAGACAUACGUAAAAAGGUUCCUAUAAUGUUAAUCAAAAACACACUAAAAACUCCAGACAAAACUGGCUAAAUGAGGUCCAUCGAGAUUGCAUCCCGAUGAUGACUAAAUAUAAAUUCUAUUUCGAAACGGACAAUUUUACAAUUGUAGUUUAUAAAGCCCAAAGAGAAAACAAGCAUAUGUACAGCGAUUGUACAACCGUUUGUAUGCCAUUUUAGUUUGCGAAAUUGUCUGAGGGGCGAAAACAAAUGUAUCUAGUAGGAGUAUCUUGUAUCUGCGCGUUGCCUGAAGGAAUGUAUUUGAAGGUGGCGGCAAAUCUAUUUUGGUGAACAAUAAAGAGCAAACGAAGACUA